GCCCUUAACCUUCUUGUGGUUGGGGAUUGAAAGUUGAAACUGUCAGGCAAAUAGCCACCAUCCAGGAGAAAUGCUUCUGAAUGUUCUUGUGAAAGGUAGCUUUGAUUUGACAGUUGCAAGGCUUUGAGAAUAGCACUCUGUUUAUACAGCACUGUAAAUACUUUGAAGUUCUUUGGGCUUUGCUGUACACGCGUGGCUAUUUAGGAGAGUAUUAAAUGUGCACAUGUUGGUCGAAUGAGGGAGGAUUCUGCAGCGGUUGGAAUUGCACGCACUUUGUGCUUUUAUAAGAUCACAACAAGGCAAUAGAUUAGAUAAUAGGCCUGAUUGUAGAGUUUCUUAAUUUCUUGUCAAAAUAAAAUUUUUACAUGUGGCGUUUUGAGAUCUUCUAGGUGACCUCCUGUUAUUUAACAAAUGUCAGUUUUUCAUCCCGGCAGCUUUGAUACGAUCAUGUAGCCUCCUGGAGCAUGGUGUGCACGCUGUCUUUGCUUGUAGACUUUCUUUGAAGUGCCUUCCUCCUCAGAAGAAUCAUUGCUGUGCUGACGAGCUGACGUUUAACAGCUAGGAAAGCAGCACGCGGAAGCACCAUGCUGGGUCACUAGAGAUAGUGAUGUGUGUAAUGUGCCCAACGUGGGUCUAAAAGCGGAGAAAGGAAAGGUUCAGCACAGCCUCAGUAACCCGCUGUGGUUGUGUGUGCUUCACCCUGCCAACCUGCCUCGUGUUAGAAGGCUGCGGGAGGGCUUGUGCAGGUGAGAGAGCAGCUGGCGGUGUGGCUGUGAAAGAAAACUGAUGCUGGAGGGCAGUGAUGCUUAGGGGAGCCUUGAGACACUGCUCGUGUGGGAUGAGUGGGAGGCCGGGUCACUGGUCAGCCAAGGUUAGAUGAAGGAAGGUAUGUGGGUUUCCCCCAGCACUCCUGCCAGACCUGGGGUAUGGUGUCCCCACCCAGCACACCCAGUAGCUACGGUCCUCUUUGGAGGAGGUCUGUCCUGUGCUGACCCAGCCCAGCCUCAGUUUAGCUUAUGAAAACUGACAAGAUUGCAGCCUGAGGUGUUAUGCCUGAGGACUGUUUCAUACCUUUCAUUCUAGAAGCUUGGCGAGGGGAUGCCAAAAUGAAACGAAGAAGCACUUGCUUUUUUUUUUUUCUCUCCUCCAUUCUGAGCUGAUACGUAACUUAUUUCUUCCAAGGUUUCUGCUUAAACAUUGUGGUGUUACUACGUAUUGAAGAACAAACUCAAUGUCUCUUCAGUCCUGUAUUCCUAUCCAUUGUUUUCAUUAUUAUUAUUAUUAUUAUUAUUUUUCAUCCUUACUCUUUCCAUGGGUUAGUUUGUGAAGAAUGGGCUUCUGGAAAGCUUUGUACAGGUGUUUUGUUUUUUGUUUUUUUUACCUGUGGUUGUUGUUCAUGCUGAUGUCACCGUUUAUGUUUUAGAAAAAAUAAACUCAGGGGAGUAGGGGAGAUUGCCUCUGGCUGCAAUCCUGUUAUCUUUUUUGCCCCAAACAGAUUUUGACAGGAGGCAAAGCUAUGAAGGCAGCCUGUGGACAUCUCUGGCAUUAUCCACCGGACUCCACCACGUAGUGUUGACUGAUGCUAGGUCUGUUAACUGCUAACAUGAUGUAGAAAGCUGCAGAAGCCUGUCAUACAUUUUGGAAAUAUUGUUAAAGCAUUUCUUGAGAAAUCUCUGAUUGCUAAAAGCUUUUGAUCUUUGUCAGUGUUAACAAUAGUAGGAACUCCAGAGCAGACAGGCUGCUGCUCAGGUAAGUGACAUUCCACGUAAAGUGCUUAAAACUCCAGCUGUAAUGUAUGAGUACAGAAACAGCUUUGUUGGUGUAAGUAGAGCUGGUAUCGCUCUGGCAGCUAUGCUCGGGAUGCUGAGGCUGGUGCUAGCGGGAUGCUGCAGCAUAUUAUGGCCACAGUGCACCAAGCACCCUGGUGGCAUCCCUGCCAACCUGUAGCUGCAAAGUUGGUGAAGCCAUGGUGUUAACAACGGGAAUUGUUUGCACCAUAGUUGUACAGAAGCAGGUAGUUGUAGCUUUGGUGUGUUGGUGUGUUGUGGAACUGUGUCAGAGAUUGCAGGGAACUCCAGAUGUCUGUGGACAGCUUGAAUCUGCUCACCAGUGUCCAUUAAUAUCCGUCUCCCCUGUUACUUUGUGGAGGGAGUUGUGGAAAGAGCUGUAUGAAAUCAGAAACUAUCUGUGAAAGGUGAUCAUCCUCCUUGUCUUAAUAGCACAAUGAAGUGUUUUUACAGCACCGAAAGUUUAAUGGACAUAUUAUGGACAGCUUUUAUGGUUUACUGGACCACUUGCCCACUGCAAAAGAUUGUUUUAGAGUAGUUUCUGUAAAUACUCAGAGUGAAUAACUACUUAAACAGCCUUUACAUCAGAGCUGCUGUUAUCUUUGUGCUUGUCAGAAGGAAGAGAACAGUCAGUGGGCUGUUGCAUUAGGAAUAUCAUAAAACUCUGUUCUCUGAAACUUGUGUUGCUUUGUCAGUGGUGGUUUUGACUGUGCUUUUUUAAGACAGGAGAAUGGGAGGUAGAACUUUCUGUGGCUGUCUCUACUUAUUUUGAGUGGAUCUGGGGGAGACUGGUUCUUUGGAAAACAUCCGUGUGGUGGUAGAAAUAAGGGGAGGGGGGAAGUGUGGAAGAAAGUACCUGUGUUGUCUUAACCAAGGUGUGUGAAUGUGUAGGCAGAGCUAGAUCCAGUGGAAUGGCACUUAGGAUGACCACACAUCACAUUGCAUGGUGUGCUUUUUUCUUAUAGUUUCAGGAGGGUUUGUAGCAUGGCUGUGAAAUCUUACAUUAAUCUGAGCUACUCAAAGGGACUUACUUUCUUGUAGUGACAUAGUCUCCUUUCUUUUUUUUUUUUCCAUGAAAAUAUGCUUGUAGAUCAUCAAGUAUUGAUUUUUGUGUGUGCCGCCUAUCUUUGCUCAGACCUUUUCUCUGUGCUUCAAGGCAUGGAGUUAGUUCUGAGCAGUAAUCUGCCCGUGAUUUAGAGGUUAAUGGAGUGGUGGAUUCACAGUACGUGUGUACAACGAAAGUUAUUUCAUCAGCCUCUUCUGGAAGUUGUAGUGAGCCUUGUCCUGUAUUCAUGUAGGGAAAUGAAUUUAGGUGACAGGAUUUGGAUUCUUUUUUUGAUUGACAGUUGCUUUUGUGAAAGACUGUCAGCAAAGUGGCAGUGCUGUGAAGGCUUCUCUGACUCGUGCAUAAGAAGUUCUUGGAAGGACCUUAGGUGUGUCAUCACUUUUAUUGCCAAGACAUAAACAUGGCAAAGUCCAUACUGUUUUAGGGUAGGUUAGGAUGCAUCUGGAAACUGGUGUCUGGCUGUGAGUUGCUGUUCAGUCAGCUUAGUAUUAACAAGUUGGCUUUUGAUCUUCGUAGAAUCACUGACUAUCCUGAGUUGGAAAGGACCCAUAAGGAACACUGAAUCCAACUCCCAGCUCUGCACAGGACCACUGAUCACCAUCCAAACCCUGUGUCUGAGAGCUGUGCCAAAGCACUCCCUGAACUCCAGCACUCGUGGCCGUGCCCACUGCCCUGGGCAGCCUGUGCCAUGCCCACCACCCUCUAGUGCAGAACCUGUCCCUAAUCCCCAGCUACCCCUCCCCUGACACAGCUCCGUGCUAUGCCAUCUUUAUGAAAUAAUUUGUGAGUCAAUUGAAUUUGUAGCUUACCCCAGGUAGUGAUAGAACUUGCUAGCUUUCCCAGAUCAGCAGCUGGUUUGGGGUGGAAUAUGACUCAUGGGCCACCUGAGGUGCUCCUGGUGCAAAUAGCCUCUGCAAUUCUGGCAGAAGGAACAUAUGAGUGUAUCAUCUGAAAGUCUACUGAGUUACGAUGCUGGUUGUUUAGAGAAUGAGGUUUGCAAACAGUGCUAUGGAGAGGGUGUGACAAUAGCUUGCCAUCUCCUGAUUACUUACUUGGACAAGCAGAAUUGUAAUAUGUCCAGCUGACGUGUGUUGGUCAUGUGUCUCUAGCCCUGGUGCUUUGUUGGGUACCCGGUGUAUUUUCUGCUCUCACUUAAGAAGAAGUGCAGAAGAAAUAGGCAGGGGAACAAUGUACGAGCGUUUGAACAACCAGCUGAAGCCUAUCUGUGCCUGCCUGCUUCGUGCCAACACCAGUGAGCGUGUGGCCACCUGGUUGGCUGAAGCAGGAAGGUUGUCUGCUGAAAAUUAAUCUAAUCUUUUGUAGAGUUAGUUUUCAGCUGGAUUACAAGUGCAAAUGGUGGCUGGAAGGGAUAGACUUGGAUAUUCUUAGACUGAUAGAAGUUAUUUCCUUGGCUGCAGCACGUGCUUGGCCUACUGAAGGUAGGGCAGUGUUUUGACAAGCCUAUCUUUGACAAGAAUGCAUCUGGGUCCAGUACUGGUUGUAUUACAGGUGUGUGCUUUGUCCUGGGAAAGGGUGAGAACAGCUUUUGCUGAGAGACAGGAGCGAUUUCAAGUGUAGUUAAAAUUCCCUACUAGGAGCUAUAUCUAGAAGUAUGGACUGGUUUGAGGUAUGAAGGGUGUUCUGUGUCCUCACCUCCUCAGUUGUCAUGGGGAGAUGUGUGCGGUGUUGGAAUACUCAUGUCGACUGGGCUGUUUGCUUACACAUGAUCUUUAAGGAGUGUGACAGCUGAAUAAAAGCAUUGAAUAACACUUCCUGCGUCCUCCUUGUUUCCUAGUUGCACUCUUAUCAGUGAGGUGUGUAAUCAAAUACUCUGUUAAACAGCAGCUUAUUAAAAAAAAGUAACACGUGCAGUUCAGUUGCAAGCGUGCAGGAAAGGCAGGUGUUAACCAACUGUUAAGGUGUACAUGUGUUUGAAAACCAGCAGUAAAUCUGGGCUCACCUUUUGCCAGCGUAGAUGUUGUCGCACUUAAGUGGUUAAAUGAGGGUGGGGGAAAUAGGAUGUGCACUUCCCAGCCAAACUGUGCGAAAGGAGCGUGUGCGUUCAUUCAUUGCGUUAACCCAUCGCUCCAGUCACAUGGGGAGCCCAGUGGUGGAUGCACACGUUUCUUCCUGGUGGCAGCAGCUCAGACUGCUGCUGAUGCCACUGCUCUCGGUCCCUCCCGAGGCUACAGCUCUUUGCAGAGCAGUCUCUUAACUCCAGCUGCUCUCUCAUCUCUUUCCUACUUCACUACCCCAGUUACAAUUCAGGGUGCUGGCUCAGCUUGCAUUCAAAGUCAUCGCUUGUUUUCAAUAGCAGCAGGCUUCUAGCCUUUUUCUUUUUCCAUGCUGGUUUUGGGCUCUUGCCACCCUUGGUCCAGCACAGAUUGACAGCCUCAGAAAGGCUGUGUGGGGAAAAAAAGAGCUGCACUCUUUCUUGUACGCUAAAAGGUUUCUUGCCUUUAAUGCUUCGUGUCACAGUAAGGCCAUAAGUUUGAUACUUUUAUCUACUUGGUAUGCCUUUUAUUUCAUCUCCACAUUCUCCUCCUCAAAGAGGGAGAAAAGACUGAAGUGCAUCAGCGAUAGCUACAGCUGAUCCUGCUGAAGCAGCCACAGUGCUGUACACCUCCAAGUACCUGGCCACUUGUUGCUGUCAAGCAGUGCAAGCCCUCUUCUGCAGUUUGAGGGCAUAAAGGGGGAGUAAACUAGUUUGUGUGGUUUGUUUUUUCUUCUUUUAGCUUCUGUUUGCAUCGCAGUAAUAUGGUGGUUAGUUCACAGAAGAUGGUUCAUGAGUAAGUUACUGUUAGGUAAGAUGAGUAUCUAUGUCUUAUUAGUUACUCAGUAGUGGCUGCUUGUGUGCGUGCUCUCACCUUAUUGCUGAGAAGCAAGCUGUCUUACACUGGCCGUGGGCUAAGACUGUGCUGGUGAGCAGCAAAGGGAAGUAAACUAGACUGUGGCGUUACCUUGCAAUAAGCUGGCCUGGGUCACCUGAAAGAUGGCUCACGUUUGUUCCUCUCAUGGUGCUCACUUUUGUAAGGCUUUCUCUGGAGCCUUGCCAAGUUGAACUUGAAUGUUUCAAGCAACAGAGCUCCAGCCAUUUCUUCUGAUAGAUUCUGUCCAUCGUGAUGCGUGCUGGUGUUUGUGCUUUCUCUUUUAAGGGAAAGGGUGAAUUUGUUGCUGUGGUGACAGCAGUGUGUCAGUAUAGGCACUGACAUGGCACUGCCAGCAUUGUUGUCUUGGGUGGGGAAAGGGAAGAAGCGAUAGGAGCAGGUAAUUGGAGUCAGGGAUCAUUGUGCUGCUGUUGUACAUUUUGCUGGAUGAAGCAGCUUGUUGCAAUAGGUAUUUGUUUCAGUUUCUGUCUGCAGGUGUGACUUAGCUAGAUAAGGAUGGUCUAUCACGUUGAUGAUUUCAUUGUUUGAUUUGGCUGGAUUGAGUGGAGAAUGUAGCUCCAUUGUUUGGGCCCAGCUUUGUAGUUUGGUUUUGUUGAAGUGUAUUACAUGGCAAGGCAUUGCCUCAUUAUUAAGGUGAAGCUGCAGUAGAUAACAGUUGGAGAACGUCGGAGGGAAGAGGGCACGCAGAGUGUUUCACAGUGCAUAACUAACAGCCUCGCAGCAGCUCCUGUGCUCCCGCUGGAGGGAUCUGGUCAGCAGAACAGACUGAGGCAGCACAGAAAAAACCCUGGUAGCUCUUUUGGUGUGCAGUCACAGUAAUGCAAGGCUGUCUGCUGCUGUAAGCAGGGGGUGCACAGAGGGACUGCGUUGGCUCUGACAGUUUGGAUGCCGUCUGGAUUCAUACUGCUCCUGCAGCCUCUCUGGUUUUCAGAGAGGGUGAAGGAGAAGAAGCUGGCAGGCAGCUAGCUGCUCUUUCUUUACUGACCUCAAAUUUACUAUUGAGCUGCUCCUCACAAUGUUUUCAGGCACUUGUGUUUUCUUUGAGAUGUGACUGGGCAUUACUGUUGCGGGGUUGUCUCCAGUACUGAAAGUGUGGCUCAUCUAUUCUUAGCCUAUGAACUCCUUUGACCUACAGCCGUAAUGCAAAGGGUCCUUUCUGCACUUCUCACGAGCAAACUUUAGGGCUGUCUUACGCAGAAAGGUCUUCAUGUGAGUUCCCUUCUCCCCGGGGCAUAGCACAGUGACAUGAAAUAAGGGCUGGUAGAACAGCAGGUUGUGCGUCUUCCUUCUAAAACCUGCCUGGUUCUCCCCGAGAUGUGAUGGAGCCGUUAGCUGGCUUUACCUGAUGCUUCGUGUUUUCAUUUAUGGCUGGUGUGGAUGUGGAGGAGUUUUGUAUCAAGCAUAGGGGUUUGGCUGGACUCACAGUGAGGGGAAAGUAAGCCUUUGAAGAGCAAUGGAUGCAGAGAAAAGGGAAGUUGCUCAUGUGAGCCUUGUGCCAGCUUCUCGGAGCACAGAUGAGCUCAUGGGAAUCCAGCAAGCUUAAAUGUGGGAGUGUUGAAGCAGGUCUGAGCUACCUCCCCUCUGCACAUCUUUUUGCAGCAGACUUCUUCAGAUGGUUCUAGUCUGACGAUGGCGUUUUUGCUUCUGAUGAAUGUUGCCAGCCUAGGCAAAGGCUCUCCCCAUCAGUGAUUGAGAGCAAGUUUUGACUCCUCUGCUUCUGGGGCUAGGUGCAGGGAAGGAGGGGGUGGCAGCUGGCUGGGCUGUGUGUUCUUGUUGCUGAAACUCUGCCUCUCUCCUUGUUUUCAGGUGAUCAUUGCUUGUGAGAGGAGUGGUUUGCACCUCAUGGCCUCCACAAUGAGUACUGCUGUGUCGUGACGCCAGGGGUCUUGUGUGCCCUGGAGAUGCGAGACUUCCCCUGGGCAGCAGGAGGCACGCGUCUAGAGAAUGCUGGAGCUGCAAGAGGGAAGCACCCCGUGCAAAACCAGAGAGGAGCAAAGAGAAAAAAGGCAAGCAGACAGACAGCACUGAGAGAAGCGGGUGGCAGAAAGUGCUACAGAGCUGCCUCUGGCGGCACAGUCCCCAGAGGAACUUGACGAGAGCCCAUCUGCGUGCGUGUGAGACUGAGCUCAGGAUUUCUGUCAAUGCAUUCCAGUAACCCCAAAGUGAGGAACUCCCCGUCAGGCAACACACAGAGUAGCCCCAAAUCAAAGCAGGAGGUGAUGGUCCGUCCCCCUACAGUGAUGUCCCCGUCUGGCAACCCCCAGCUGGAUUCCAAGUUUUCCAACCAGGGCAAACAAGGGGGCUCGACCAGCCAAUCCCAGCCCUCUCCCUGUGACCCCAAAAGUGGAGGUCAUCCCCCGAAAGUGCUCCCUGGCCCAGGUGGGAGCAUGGGGCUGAAGAAUGGGGCUGGAAAUGGUGCCAAGGGGAAGGGAAAGAGAGAGAGAAGCAUUUCAGCAGAUUCCUUUGAACAGAGGGAAGCUGGGACUCCUAAUGACGACCCUGAAAUCAAAGACUGCAAUUCUGCUGAUCAUGUGAAGUCCCAGGAUUCUCAGCACACACCGCACUCCAUGACACCUUCAAAUGCUUCAGCCCCAAGGUCUUCCACACCUUCCCAUGGCCUGACUGCUGCUUUGGAGCCAGCAAGUGGGCAAAAGACUCCAUCCAAAGUGGUUUAUGUCUUUUCUACUGAGAUGGCCAACAAGGCUGCAGAAGCCGUGCUGAAGGGACAGGUGGAAACCAUUGUGUCCUUUCAUAUCCAGAACAUCUCAAACAGCAAGGUGGAACGAAACACUGUACCCUUGAACCCCCAGAUCAAUGCACUUCGGACUGAACCCAAACCCCUGCCGCAGCCACAGCCCCCUACAGCCCAGGACCAGAACCCUCCUCAGAACGCCAAAAUGCAGCCGACUCCACCUGUGUCAGCACCAGUAUCCAAAUCCACUGGUCCCCCGUGUCCCAUAGACCAGGACAGCCCCAGUGUGGAAAGCAAAGUGAUGUCUGUGGGCAGCCCUGCCAGCUCGACCCCGCUGCAGACAGAAGGAUUUGGGCAGAGUUCAACCCCCAAUAAUCGAGCAGUUAGCCCUGUUUCCCAAGGUAGCAAUAGCUCUGCUGCAGACCCCAAAGGUCCCCCCCAGCAGGUGUCUGGUGGGGACCCAUCCAGUUUGGGUGAGAAUCCAGAUGGACUGUCGCAGGAGCAGCUGGAACAUCGAGAGCGCUCAUUGCAGACCCUGAGAGACAUACAGCGCAUGCUCUUCCCUGAUGAGAAGGAGUUUGCUGGAGGGCAAAGCGGAGGGCCACCUCCAAAUUCUGGGGUGAUGGAUGGGCCCCAAAAGAAACCUGAAGGGCCAAUACAGGCCAUGAUGGCGCAAUCCCAAAGUUUAGGCAAAGGGUCAGGGUCUCGGACAGACGGAGGGGCUCCGUUUGGCCCUCAAGGACACAGGGACAUGCCCUUUUCCCCAGAUGAAAUGGGGCCACCACCAAUGAACUCCCAGUCGGGACCUAUAGGCCCAGACCACCUGGACCACAUGACUCCUGAGCAGGUGGCCUGGCUCAAGCUGCAGCAGGAGUUCUACGAGGAGAAGAGAAGAAAACAAGAGCAGGUUGUUGUGCAGCAGUGUUCCCUGCAGGACAUGAUGGUCCAUCAGCACGGGCCUCGUGGGGUUGUCCGAGGCCCCCCUCCUCCCUACCAGAUGACCCCUGGGGAAGGCUGGGGACCUGGGGGUCCAGAGCCCUUCCCCGAAGGCAUGAACAUGUCACACUCUCUGCCCCCCAGGGGCAUGGCCCCUCAUCCUAACAUGCCUGGGAGCCAGAUGCGCCUGCCUGGUUUUGCGGGAAUGAUGAACCCUGACAUGGAGGGCCCCAACGUCCCAAAUCCUGCCUCUCGGCCGGGGCUUUCAGGAGUCAAUUGGCCAGACGAUGUGCCAAAAAUCCCAGAUGGCCGAAACUUCCCUCCUGGCCAGGGUGUCUUCAGUGGCCCUGGCCGAGGGGAGCGGUUCCCCAACCCGCAAGGCCUGCCGGAAGAGAUCUAUCAGCAGCAGCUGGCUGAGAAGCAGAUGGGCCUCCCUCCUGGCCUCAACAUGGAAGGCAUCAGGCCUGGCAUGGAGAUCAACAGAAUGAUUGCCUCCCAGAGACACAUGGAGCCUGGGAAUAACCCCAUCUUCCCUCGCAUGCCAGUGGAAGGGCCGAUGAGCCCCUCCAGGGGGGACUUCCCAAAAGGAAUGCCCCCCCAAAUGGGCUCUGGCAGGGAGCUGGAGUUUGGGAUGGGCCCUGGUGGCAUGAAGGGGGACAUGGGCAUGAAUGUCAGCAUGGGCUCCAAUCCACCCCUGGUACCUCAGAAGCUGAGGGAGGCGGGAGUCGGACCGGAAGAGAUGAUGAAACUGCGACCGGGUGUCUCGGAGAUGCUCUCCUCUCAGCAGAAGAUGGUGCCGCUGCCGUUUGGGGAGCACCCGCAACAGGAGUAUGGCAUGGGUCCCAGGCCUUUCCUUCCCAUGUCUCAGGGCCCGGCAGUUGGUCUCCGAAACCUCAGAGAACAGAUAGGGCCUGACCAAAGGACUAACAACCGGCUCAGCCACAUGCCGCCACUACCUCUCAAUCCCACCAGUAACCCUAAUAGCCUCAACACUGCUCCCCCUGCGCAGCGCAGCCUGGGCCGCAAGCCCUUGGAUAUCUCCGCAGCCGGUCAGGUGCAUUCUCCAGGAAUCAAUCCUCUGAAGUCUCCCACCAUGCGCCAGGUCCAAUCUCCCAUGAUGGGGUCUCCCUCGGGGAACCUCAAGUCUCCUCAGACGCCCUCCCAGCUGGCAGGAAUGCUCGCAGGCCCCACCGCCGCAGCUGCCGCUGCUUCCAUCAAGUCCCCCCCGGUCUUGGGGUCUGCUGCUGCUUCUCCUGUCCACCUCAAGUCACCGUCUCUCCCUGCACCUUCUCCAGGAUGGACUUCGUCUCCAAAGCCUCCUUUGCAGAGCCCUGGCAUCCCCCCGAAUCACAAGGCGUCUCUCACCAUGUCUUCUCCAGCCAUGCUGGGGAACGUGGAGUCGGGUGGUCCACCUCCUUCCACCGUCAGCCAGCCUGCUCCUGUGACUCUCCCUGGAAAUCUUCCCUCUAGCAGUCCUUACACAAUGCCUCCAGAACCGACCCUCUCCCAAAAUCCUCUCUCCAUUAUGAUGUCCAGGAUGUCCAAAUUUGCCAUGCCCAGCUCAACACCGCUCUAUCACGAUGCCAUCAAAACUGUGGCCAGUUCAGAUGAUGACUCCCCACCUGCACGCUCCCCAAACUUGCCUCCUAUGAACAGUGUACCAGGAAUGGGCAUUAAUUCUCAGAAUCCUCGAAUUUCAGGUCCAAACCCAGUGGGUCCAAUGCCAACCCUUAGCCCCAUGGGAAUGACCCAACCUCUUUCCCAUAACAACCAGAUGCCCUCUCCAAAUGCUAUGGGACCCAAUAUACCUCCUCACGGGGUCCCCGUGGGACCCGGCCUGAUGUCACACAACCCGAUGAUGGGGCACGGUUCCCAAGAGUCUCCAAUGGUACCUCAAGGACGCCUGGGCUUCCCACAGGGUUUCCCUCCUGUACAGUCUCCUCCACAGCAGGUGCCGUUCCCACACAAUGGGCCCAGCGGUGGACAAGGCAACUUCCCAGCGGGAAUGGGUUUCCAUGGAGAAGGACCUCUGGGGCGUCCCACCAACCUGCCCCAAAGUUCGACAGAUCCAGCACUUUGCAAGACUGGAGGCCCUGGUGGUCCAGACUCCUUCACUGUUCUUGGAAACAAUAUGCCUUCGGUUUUCACUGACCCAGAGCUGCAGGAGGUGAUCCGUCCCGGAGCCACGGGAAUACCCGAGUUUGACCUGUCCCGGAUUAUCCCAUCGGAGAAGCCCAGCCAGACACUACAGUAUUUCCCUCGCGGAGAGGUGCCAGGCCGCAAGCAACCGCAGGGCCCCGGGCCUGGGUUCUCCCACAUGCAGGGAAUGAUUGGAGAGCAGACCCCGCGGAUGGGACUAACAUUGCCUGGCAUGGGGGGCCCCGGGCCAGUGGGAACUCCAGAUAUCCCCCUUGGGACGGCUCCGUCCAUGCCGGGUCACAACCCGAUGAGACCGCCAGCCUUUCUGCAGCAAGGCAUGAUGGGGCCGCACCAUCGCAUGAUGUCACCAGCACAAACAGCAAUGCCUGGCCAGCCUGCGCUAAUGAGCAACCCUGUGGCUGCCGUGGGCAUGAUCCCAGGCAAGGACCGAGCCCCCGCCGGGCUGUAUAGCCACCCGGGCCCUGUGGGGUCACCUGGGAUGAUGAUGUCAAUGCAGGGCAUGAUGGGACCCCAACAAAACAUCAUGAUUCCCCCUCAGAUGAGGCCCCGAGGUAUGGCUGCUGAUGUUGGCAUGGGAGGAUUUAGCCAAGGCCCUGGAAACCCAGGGAACAUGAUGUUUUAAGCUGCUACCGUAAGACUGGAUGUUCCGAUCCUUGUCAAGAUGAGAUUCCAAGUCCUGAGGGCUUUUUUGGGAGCUUCAGGAGUACAGUUUGGCCAUGCAAUAGGUGAAAAGAGACCAGAGAACACUUUGGGAAAUCUCGAAUGUAUGGAAUUACCUGAAAAAAAAAAAAAAUUAAUUUCAUUUUUAACUAGGUUGGUUUUUUUUUUUUUAAGUAUUUAUUUUUUAAAAAUUAUUUUUGUGGACUUGGGUAUCCCGUGAUGGCACCUGCUUUGAGAAUCUGUAGCUGUAUUUUGAGAAUUGCCAUUUGUCACAAGUUGCACCAUUCUCUGUAUGUUUACGUCCUUUGGACUGGCUUCUCCCAGGACUCUCAGUUAUUUUUUUGUUUUUGUUUUUGUUUUUUUUUGUGUACUGUACUAUAUUGUAAAAGGGAUUUUAGCAGAGACUUUAGUCUUUGGGGUGAGAGGAGAAUGGGAUUCUAGGCUGUUUACUUUAGGUGGAGAAUCCAUCUUCAGAACUUCGGACUAUUUUCCUUCAACUCCAAUGUAUAGAAAAACCAAACUACGACCUCAGAGCAGAGUAUUAAUGAAAAGCACAAAAAGGAACUUAAGUUCAGUGAGGGGAAUCUUUUAAAAGAAAUAAAUAAUAAGUUAAGGACAUAUUUUUCAAAUUAUGGCGUGCUGUCCAGCACCUUCUGUCUCUCCCUCCCACUCUUUAUUAAAUAGGCUUCUCUCUCUCCGUCCCCCUUCUAUCUCCUCCUAUGGCAGCUGCAAUACAUUGUGUUAUUUUGGGGGGUAAAUCUAGGUGCGCCUCUCCUCACGUGGGGACUCUUCCCACUUCUAGGAAGGGGCUGGACUUGGACACUGUUACAUUCUACAGUAGUCUCUCUCACUGUUUCCUAUUCUCCUUUUCUUAGAAACCCCAAGUGAUUUUAUUAAUGUGGGAGUGGAACAGACACUAAAAGUUAUCCAGAAUUUUUUUUGUGGUUAUUUUUUUUUUCCUCCCCAGCGUAAAACGUUCUGUGUAACCUCCAUUAAAUUUGGUACAAAACCACUCGCCAGGGCUGUGGUGUCAGAAAAAUAAAAUAUAUUGUUUCUUACAAAGAUGA